CUUUGCGCUCUACCCAUCCAUCACUCAAGAGUCAAGCUGUUGAUUCUCCCAACUUCACAAAAAUUGCAUAGUCUCAUAGUAUUGAUCGAAAAUUUCCAGACGCUCGGCCCCAUCCUCACCAGCAGAACGAAGACAACCCUCGAUCACAUCGCGUCCUUCGGUACGGCGCGUACUUCGAAGCACUGUUAUAAUAUGGGGCUGUAGAAAAUAUCAAUUUACAUAAUGUCGUCACCCACAAUGGCGCCGCUACAAUGCCUCGUGAGGUUCCUUUGGCGGCCAAGCGAAUCAAUCGCAGCUGCACACGGGACAACCCCUACAGGGCAGUCAACCUAUAAGGAUGCCGCAUGACCACGGUAAUUAGGCGGGAGGAAAAUGAGUGGCUAAGAGUCAUUGAGGAAGCCUACGUGGCUUGUGAGCUGAACCCGACACUCCGUAUGAAGCAGAGUCUCUGGAGAGCCCGGAUCUCUACACCAUCGGGGUGGAUCGCGGCCCUCCCUGUCGAACGCGCCGCAGCGACUGCUUUGCUCGAUGAGCGCCAUGAUGAGCCGCAUGACUUUUCGCAGCACCCGAGCGAUACGAACUCAUACACCUGGGGCCGGAUGGGAAAACACAGUGUCGUAAUCGCCUCCCUUGCGGCAGGAGUAUACGGGGCCACGUCCACUGCCAUCACGGUAUCGAGCCUGCUUUCCUCCCUCCCGCAAAUCAGAAUCGGACUCUUGGUGGGGAUCGGGGGCGGCAUCGCUCGACCAAAUGAAGGUACGGACAUCCGGCUUGGCGACGUCGUCGUAAGCCAGCCGCACGGAGUCACGGGCGGGGUGGUCCAGUAUGACCUUGCAAAGGCGAAGCCCAAUAGCACGCACGAACGCAAAGAUUCUCUGAACAUGCCACUACAGGUGCUCCUAGAUGCGGCAACAGCCCUACGGGCAGACUACUAUAUUGUUGGAUCCAAAGUCUCGGGUCUGCUCGAAGAAAUGUGGAAGGCGAACCCUCGAAUGGCGAAACCGACCAGGUCAGCCCCGGGAUUUGUUCACCAAGGAUUCGAUAACGACCGGCUCUUUGAUACUUCCUGCCACCAUGCCGGUGGCCGCAACUGUGGCAGCUGCGAUCCAAACGGUGAAGUCCAUCGCGACGCGCGGGACUCGGCGGAUCCCGAGGUACACUUUGGUAUCAUCGCGUCCGGAAAUACGCUAGUAAAGGAUGCGGCUACUCGGGACCAGAUCGUGGAGUAUAUCGGAGGGGAUUGCCUUUGUGUUGAGAUGGAAGCUGCCAGGUUGAUGAACCAUUUCCCGUGCCUUGUCGUCCAGGGCAUUUGUGACUAUGCAGAUUCGCAUAAGAACGAUCGCUGGCAAUGCUAUGCUUACGCCACGGCAGCCGCAUUUGGGAAAGAGCUCCUUAGUUACGUUCCGGUCAAGAAGCUACAGGAGACGCAGAGGGCUGCUAAACUCCUCCAGUCUAUCAAGACUAAAGUGCAGGAUAUCCACUCCAUGAUGAACCACACAAAAGCAGGGGUUGAUAGUCUGAAACUGGAUAGCCAUCUCGAUAAGCUUAAGAAGUGGCUCUCUCCCCCCGAUCCCUCGACCAAUCUCAAUACGGCGAAGGAAAAGCGCCACAAAGGCACUGGAGAUUGGUUUAUUAAUAGCAACGCUUUCCUUGAGUGGAAAUCGGGACCCCGUCGACAUCUAUGGCUGCACGGGUUGGCAGGCUGUGGUAAGACGGUCAUCACCUCGACCAUUCUUGACCAUCUCCACCUGCAGGACACUCAAACAGACUCAUGUGUGUGCCUGAAUUUUUUCUUCGAUUUUCGCGACAAAGACAAACAGCGCCUAGAUAACCUAUUACGUUCGCCUACUUUCCAACUAUACUCGCGAUGUAUAGAUUCACAAAAGGAGCUCGAUAGCCUAUUUACGUCGCACGAGGACGGCCAAGAGCAACCAACAACGGAGUCACUAUCUAAAACUAUCCAUCUCAUGAUGCAGCGUCCUGAAAAACUUCAAAUUAUAUUGGAUGCUUUGGAUGAGUGCACUACUAGAUCCGAAUUGCUCAAGUGGAUGGAGUCCAGUUCCGAGCUAACGAGCGUUCACCUCAUCGCUACGAGCAGGCGAGAGGACGAGCUGGAGUCUGGUCUUAGCGGAUGGAUUGACAAGGAAAACGUGAUCUCUAUGGACAGGGACCUCGUUAAUGAGGAUAUUCGCUCCUACACCAAAGUAAGACUCCAAGUUAGUAAAGAGUUUCAGAAGCGAUGGGACUCUAGACCCAACGUGCUGGAAGAGAUCGAAUCCGUGAUUGGGAAGAAAUCCAGUGGAAUGUUCCGGUGGGCGGCGUGCCAACUCGACGAUUUGGAGAAAUGUUCGAGUUAUAGAGCCAAUAUCCCGGACGAACAUAGGGAAGAGACAAUCCAACUUCUCCAGUUCCUUGCAUACUCGGAACGGCCCUUAACGAUUGAAGAGGCUGUGGAUGCCAUGGCGGUGGAUCUUGAAAACGACCAUCAAUUUGACGCCAAAGACAGACUCCCAUGUCCGAUGGAGAUUACUAGGUUCGGCUCAAGCUUAGUGUCUCUUUUCGAGAGAGAAUCUAAUAUAGAGCUGGAGCUAGCCCAUUUUUCCGUCAAGGAAUAUCUGACAACUAAGGCCCUCCCAGAGCCUUUCCAAUACGAGAUGUCCGAAGGGAUUGCUAGACGGCGGAUAACAAAAAUCUGCUUAGCCCACCUUUCUUGUCUAAAUAAUAGACAGUCCGUUGCUGAAAUUACUACCCUAUUUCCGCAAGCGAGGUACUCGGCAAAGUAUUGGAUGGACCACGCUAAACAAGCGAAGACUUGGAAUGACGUUCGAAAGAGCAUUAUGGAUUUCUUCAAAAAUGACACGGCGUAUACGACCUGGGGUUAUUUAUUUAACCCUGACAAGGAUUGGGAUAAGCACCCGAUACCAAAUACGAUACGCCCGCUUUAUUUGGCAUCCUUAAAGGGUCUUAAUACCGCUGUGCAGAUGCUGCUCAAGAAGGGCGCCGAUGUGAAUGCACAGGGCGGCAAGUACGGCAACGCGCUGCACGCCGCCUCUGCUGGAGGCUACGAUAAGAUCGCUUGGAUACUGCUCGAGAAGGGCGCCGAUGUGAAUGCACAGGGCGGCGGGUACGGCAACGCGCUACAGGCCACCUCUAUUGGAGGCUACGAUAAGGUCGUCCAGAUGCUACUCGAGAAGGGUGCCGAUGUGAAUGCACAGGGCGGCGGAGGCUACGAUAAGAUCGUCCAGAUACUGUUUGAGAAGGGCGCCGAUAUGAAUGCACAGGGCGGCGGGUACGGUAACGCGCUACAGGCCGCCUCUACUAGAGGCUACGAUAAGGUCGUCCAGAUACUGCUCGAGAAAGGCGCCAAUAUGAAUACACAGGGCGGCAAGUACGGCAACGCCCUACAGGCCGCCUCUACUAGAGGCUACGAUAAGAUCGUCCAGAUACUACUCGAGAAGGGCGCCGAUGUGAAUACACAGGGCGGCUGGUACGGCAACGCGCUACAGGCCGCCUCUACUGGAGGCCACGACAUGGUCGUCCAGAUAAUGCUCGAGACGGGCGCCGAUAUGAAUAUACAGGACAGCUGGUACGGCAACGCGCUGCAUGCCGCCUCCGACGUUUAAUCCAUUUCAAAUCUCUCUUCACCUUCUCUAUGUUUCUUCUUCUAGCGUGACACCAGAAGGGACUGGGAGGAUGGGUGAAUUUAUGGGAAUUUCAUAUCGUUCUAGCACAUUUUAUGGACGUAGAGGUGAUCAUUUACUUCGUGAAGGCAAGGCCCUUAUAUCAGGGAUUCUUCGAAUUAGGUAAAACAAAUUAUACAUAAUAUUUGCUGAAUGAGGACACGUGUCCUCUGUGACUCAUCUUUCCCCGAGGACAAACAAUCGCCACUCGUAGCAGCACCCGUCUUCCCUUUAGCAUU